AUGGCAUCACAUUCGGGAAGAUCCUUUAUAAAUUCGUGCUUAAAAGUGCCCAUUGACCCAUGCAAUAAUUGUCCAGCUCCAAUUUACAAUAGGCCCAGAAUGUAUUUGGGACGCUUAUCCAUGACUCCAACAACAGCCUUAGCAACAAAAACUUGUGACACAGCGACAACAGACCUUAAGUGGUCAUGUGGAGGCAUAAGGUCCCUGACAAAGUUCUAUGACAGCAUUCCAGAUUAUGGCGAACUGACUCACUUAACCGAGGAGGAAUUUUAUUCAACACUGGAUACACUGAGAAGCACCUGUCGUGAAUUUAGAACGACACCAGCGAAUUCGUGCGGCAUCGCAACCACCACCAUAGUGCUAGACGACCGCUGCAGUACUAGCACCACAAGUUCUUCCAUGACUUCGCACUGUCACAUUAAGAAAUCUAAGAAGGGCAAGAAGAAAAAGAAAUCGAACAAAUCGAAAACUCGUAGUGAGAAUCAGUCGGAAUCGCAAGAAUCCGAGAGUAUUGUGGAUUAUACAACAAAUAAUAGAUCCACCGUGCCAGAUUCUGCAUACACAUUGACGGAUAGCAAAACUUUUGAGAGAAUUUUCGAUAUCAAAAGCAUAAAAAAAGAUUUGGACGAAGAAGUGGAACGAUUUAGAAAAUCUCUUAAAGACUAUGAAUCUGAGUUGAGGAGACCUGCAACUUCCUCGGUGUUAAAUCGAUCAGAGUCACGCUCCUUUACACGUAGCCCAUCGAAAGAAAGAAGAGAAAAAAGCGAAAAUGUCAUAAGACAUUCAAACGAAAAGGUGCCUGUUAGAAGCACAUUUACGUCCACAUUGCGCGAACGAUUAAGAAAGACUUUAUCCUUCAAUGAUCUUAAUUCACUGGCCGAUCCCACAGAAUUGGCCGAGCUACGUAAUAAAACAAAAACAUUAGAAAAAUUGGCAUUUAAGGGCAAUAGCAAUGCGUACCAGGAUCCCAGUAAACUAAGUAACUAUUUCCAGGAGACCACCAAACCUGAACUAUCAGAAAAUGUGCCGCAAAUUGUUGUAGAAACUCCCACUACAGAUUCUUCCACUGAACGAACAGAGGAUAAUAAAAGGCGCAAUAAAUCCAAAACCAAAGAAGACAAAUAUAAAAUCCCAUUUAAAAUUUUUGAUUUGGACUCCUCGAAAAAGACGUAUUCUGCCAAGCACUCUUCUCCUUCACCUGUACAUCCAGUUGCUAGGCCAAAUCUAGCGGCCACAUUGAGGGUAGAAUGUUCUAGAAAGAAGGUGAAAGAGUUGAAGAACAAUUGCACCUAUUACGAUAAGACACCCCAAAUUGAUUGGGAAGUUCGUAAAACACCGGCAUGGAAGUCGCUUUCAUUAAACGAAACGCAUCAAGAAAUAAUAAAACUUCGCUUAGCCACUCGAAAAGCAGAACAAGCUCUACAAAAGCGUGAAUACGAUCUUAAUAUGGAAUUAAUGAGACAGCGAGUGAAAUCAGCGCCCCUACUACUAGAAGGUCCGACACAUUGGGGGCCCGAUGUAGGAAAAUUGACACACAAUUGUCAGAGAGAGGGACGACGGCACAUGUGUCAAACUAAUCAACGAACCAGACGCAAAAAGAACUCUUCGCGUAGCCACAGUUGUAGGCGUGGUCUUUUCCAUCACUCUGAUCCAGGCAUUGAUUAUGAACGCUUUGCAGAAUCAUCGCCUAUGUCGAACGAUAACAAAUCUCAAGAAUCGGGGAGAAUGUCACAAAAAAUAAAUACUCUGCGUAAAGUAUAUGGAGGUGGUGCGAAUUCUGCUGCAAAAUCUCAAUCUCGUUGCUCUACACGUCCUACGAAUACACCACAUUCUUCUAAGUCGAAUGCGGGAAAAAGAAAAACGGAGGAGAAGAAUACGACGAAGUCAAAUCCGAAUUUAGUUGUGGUAGAAAAUGACAGCGGCGAUGAAUUGUCCAGUUUGGACAGAGCUUUCUUGUAGUUACAAAUCAAUGAUUUUUUUAGACUUUACAAUAAGCUUGUGAAUGUAAUAAAAUUAAUAAGUAUGUAAAAAAUA